AUGCCUUCACAUGUUAAUGGCUGUGCUGCGGACCUUUGGGCAGGUCAGUCGUCGAGGUUGGAAGCCCCUUUUGGUUGUUUCGCGGACGUUGCCACUGCCUUCAUUCUCAUUGUGUAUGCUCCUCCUCCCUCCCUCAAGGGCAUAUCAGGGAGAGGUGGAAACGAAGGUGAUCAUCGUGUGUGUGGGAGAUCUCGUAAAACCACCGCCCCAUUGCACUUGUCAACACGCUACGAGGCUAUCAGCAGUGGUGGCGACGACAUUGGCGGUAGCGAUAGCCAAGGUUUCUCCGGUGCUGCAGGAUCUGCACAUCGCAAUCGACAUCAGCAGUCUCAUAAUCAUCAUUGUCGACAUCGAGUAAUUCCGUCGGGAUUUAAGCGCCGACGACCAUCCUCUGCCUCAUCGUCACCAUCAGUAUCGGUGCAUAAGGCCCGUAGGCGACGACUGAGUACUUCCUCCUCCUCAUCCUCCUCCUCCACCACCGCCGCUACCACUACCUCUUCUUCCUUCUCUAGAAGCGGUGCUGUGAACGUCUCACCUGAAAUAUUCUUCUCUCUUGCUACAUUUUAA